CUCUUCCGGUCCACGGGUCACACCCACUGCAGGACCUGGCCUGGUACAGCUGGGUGCAUGCAGAAGUAGGUGGAGCUGCUCUUAGUUGCAUCCUUGAGAGAGUUUUAUUGUAAAACUCUUAUAAUUUAUAGUAAUCGGAGGGGAAAACACUUCCUUUUAAUUGCUGUGAGGACCGCUGCCGAAGAAACGCAGUAGAUCCGCUCCCUUUUGGGGGCGGGGAGAAAGAACGGGUUGUGUCCGCCAUGUUGGUGAAGUCAAGCGAAGGCGACUAGAGCUCCAGGAGGGCCAGUUCUGUGGGCUCUAGUCCGCCAUAUUAAUAAAGAGAAAGGGAAGGCUGACCCUCCCUCGCCUCCGCCCCCAUAUACACACCCCUUCUUCCCACUCCGCUCUCACGACUAAGCUCUCACGAUUAAGGCACGCCUGCCUCGAUUGUCCAGCCUCUGCCCGAAGGAAGCUUAGCAGCCAGCGCCUCAGUAGAGACUUAAGGGCGCUGAAUGAGUGGGAAAGGGAAAUGCCGACCAAUUGCGCCGCGGCGGGCUGUGCCACUACCUACAACAAGCACAUUAACAUCAGCUUCCACAGGUUUCCUUUGGAUCCUAAAAGAAGAAAAGAAUGGGUUCGCCUGGUUAGGCGCAAAAAUUUUGUGCCAGGAAAACACACAUUUCUUUGUUCAAAGCACUUUGAAGCCUCCUGUUUUGACCUAACAGGACAAACUCGAAGACUUAAAAUGGAUGCUGUUCCAACCAUUUUUGAUUUUUGUACCCAUAUAAAGUCUAUGAAACUCAAGUCAAGGAAUCUUCUGAAGAAAAACAACAGUUGUUCCCCAGCUGGACCAUCUAAUUUAAAAUCAAACAUGAGUAGUCAGCAAGUACUACUUGAACACAGCUAUGCCUUUAGGAAUCCUAUGGAGGCAAAAAAGAGAAUCAUUAAACUGGAAAAAGAAAUAGCAAGCUUAAGAAGAAAAAUGAAAACUUGCCUACAAAAGGAACGCAGAGCAACUCGAAGAUGGAUCAAAGCCACUUGUUUGGUAAAGAAUUUAGAAGCGAAUAGUGUAUUACCUAAAGGUACAUCAGAACACAUUUUACCAACUGCCUUAAGCACUCUUCCUUUGGAAGAUUUUAAGAUCCUUGAACAAGAUCAACAAGAUAAAACACUGCCGAGUCUAAAUCUAAAACAGACCAAGAGUACCUUCAUUUCAGUUUAGCUUGCACAGAGCUUGAUGCCUAUCCUUCAUUCUUUUCAGAAGUAAAGAUAAUUAUGGCACUUACGCCAAAAUGCAUUAUUUAAUAAAGUUUUACUUGAAGUAACAUUACUGUAUAAUUUGUGAAGACUUGAUUACAAAAGAAUAAAAAAAUUUGUAUGAAAUUUUUAUUUGAAAAUGAAUGGAAGUGCCUUACAUUAGAAUUACGGACUUAAAAUUUUUGCCAAUAAAUUGUAUGUUUGAAAGGUG